CAUCCUCUUCACUCACAUUACUUACUAGCCAUAACCAUGACCAAAGCUUUUGAAGAACAAAAAGGAAAGAUAAAAAAAAAAAAAAAAUCUUAAGGCUCCAAUCGCCAGCCACUCGCCAAAACCAUCUAUUAAUAAUUAAAUAAAUAAAAAAUCUUCUUUGAUGGCCAAAACUUGAAAAACGAAAAAACCCAACUUUAAUUUUAAUUCAAUUUGUGCAAAACCAGUCAAUUUAUGGCUUCCAUAUCCACCUGCUUCACUCUUCCACCCAAGCCUCGUCUCUACCUAAAACCUUCUAUUUUCCGAGAACUUCCCAACAAAUUUCCCAUUUACCAAACACCCAUUUUCCCAGGACGCUCGGCUAAGCAGAGGGGAUCUCAAGCGUUGGUGCCGGUUGUCAGAGCUGGCAUUGAUGUAACGACCGCAAUCAGGCCUGGUGGUAUUAUUGAAAGCGAUAAACUUUCCAGUGAUGUCAGGAAGCGAGCUAUGGAUGCUGUGGACGCUUGUGGUGGGAGGGUUACUAUAGGGGAUGUCUCUAGCAGGGCUGGGCUUAAGAUGAAUGAAGCUCAGAAAGCUUUGCAAGCUCUUGCUGCUGAUACUAAUGGUUUCCUAGAGGUCUCUGAUGAAGGUGAUGUUCUAUAUGUUUUCCCAAAAGAUUAUCGAGCAAAGCUUGCGGCCAAAUCAGUUAGGAUAAAGCUUGAACCUUUCUUUGAAAAGGCUAAGGCUGGAGCUGAGUAUGUAGUCAGGGUGUCAUUUGGAACUGCUCUAAUUGCGUCUGUUGUUAUUGUUUAUACUACAAUCAUUGCCAUUCUUUCUAGUAGUCGUGAAGAAGAUAAUCGAGGAAGACGAGGAAGAUCAUAUGAUUCGGGAUUUACUUUUUACUUCAGUCCGACGGAUCUCUUUUGGUAUUGGGAUCCAAAUUACUAUAGAAGGCGAAGAAUACAAGUAGAUGAUGACAACAAGAUGAACUUCAUUGAAUCUAUUUUCUCAUUUGUAUUUGGGGAUGGUGAUCCAAAUCAAGGAAUUGAAGAAGAGAGAUGGAAGUUGAUUGGCCAGUACAUAACAUCUAAUGGUGGUGUGGUUGCAGCCGAGGAACUUGCUCCAUAUCUUGAUGUAGAAACUUCAGGAAGAUCUGCAGAUGAUGAUUCGUACAUCUUACCUGUUCUUUUACGGUUUGAUGGUCAACCUGAAAUUGAUGAAGAGGGAAAUAUUCUGUAUAGAUUUCCAUCUCUCCAGCGUACGGCUUCUUCUCAAAGGAGUGGAAGAAAGGAAUAUGCAGGCAGGAAAUGGACUGAUUGGGUUGGAGGGGUUGAGAAGUUUUUCAAGGAGAAGAAACUGCAAUUCAGCAAAACUAGCUCUUCAGAGAGAGCAUUGGUCAUUGGGCUGGGUGGACUCAAUCUUUUUGGGGUUAUAAUUCUUGGAACUAUGUUCAAGGAAAUUGCAAUUCCACCAAGUGGCUUUAUUAAAUUUGCAUCUGACAUAUUUCCUCUACUUCAGGUCUAUGCUGGUUCUUUCUUUGCAAUUCCUUUGUUUCGGUGGUUUCUAGUGCGUAAUAAAAAUGCUCAGAUAGAAAAGAGAAACCGUGCAAGAGAACAACGAGCCCGAGCACUUGAGCUUCCAGAUAUCUCUUUAAGGCGAAAGCUCCUCAGUGCUCGGGACAUGGCUCAAAGAACAGUAAUAGGACAGGAUCAAAUCGUAUAUAGUACUGACAAAGAUUUUGUUGAGCAAGACUACGAGGCUCGAGAAUGGGAUCGAAGAUUUCGGGAGAUAGAGAAGUCAGAUUAAGACGAGGUUCCAUUAAGAACAUAAUCUCGCUGCAUGCUUCACCUGGCAUUUAACAGAGUUUUCAAGUGUCAUAUAGAGGCAUAGAUAGCACUUGCAAAUAUUUUUGGAAGAUUAGACACAAUCCCAUUUAUUGCUGCUGUGAUAGAAAUUCAACGUUGUAAAUAUAGCUUAUACUUUUGCAUAAAUCUAAAAAAGAAAUGUUGUUAUAAAUGAUAGGAGGAAGUUUUGUUCUACCUUAUCAAAUGCUUGAUCAUAUGGACUUGGGAGGAGGAAUGUCAAAUUUGAAUUUUGGCGUUUGUAAUAAACUAAUAUCUGUUUUUAUCCUUAAAGGAAGGUACUUGUAUUUGAUAAAAGAAUAAAAACAAAGAUUUCCUCCAAUAAA